CACUGCUUGAUUUUUUUUUUUUUUCUCCUUUCUUUCUUAUCACAUCUUCUUCUCAAACGAAAUCAAUAGUCUUUUUGGGGGGGUUUUUGAGGCCGAGAAAAUCGAUCACGUGGAUGGUGAAGAUGGAAGAUAUUGGAGCAAGAAUAUUAGCUGGUGAUCAUCAAGUACAAUAUGGCCAAAACCAAAGAACCAAGAUAAAGGCUCUGGUUGUGGAUGACAACAUGAUCAACCAAGCACUUCAUCGCACACUCUUGCGCAAUCUCGGCAUCGAAAACCAUGUCGUCGGAAACGGCAGGGAAGCCGUCGACGUCCACUGCUCCGGCAGGAGAUUCGACCUCAUUCUCAUGGACCUAGACAUGCCUGUCAUGAAUGGCAUUGAGGCAACAAAGAAACUGCGAGCGAUGGGAAUUCAAAGCACAAUUGCUGGGGUGUCAUCACGAUCUGUUGAUGAAAACAUACAAGAGUUUUGGGAAGCAGGCCUUGACGACUAUCAACAGAAGCCCUUAAACUUCCCUAAGCUGGUUUCCAUCCUUCAAAAAGUUAACCAUAGCGUUUGAAUUUCAUGUAUUUUUUAGAGGGACAAAUUGAAAAAUAAAAAAAAGGGACAAAU